CUCAGUUUAUGAUCGUGAUGACAUGAUCAAAAGUACCUUUAAUUGUUUUCACGUGUGCUGCUAAAUUUGAAGAUUACUUUAGAAUCAAUCAAUUUAGCCAAGCACAUUUUAACUCUGCCAAUCCCAUAAAUUCAUCACCAAAGUAAUCCAAUUCAAAGGGGUACUUCCACAUCCAAAUUCCCAUCAUCUAUCUCUGAAGUUCGGAAGCUAUGGAAUUGAUCUCUUCGAGUGAAGUACCCAAAUGUUAUUCUUCAUAUCACCACAGUGCCCCGACUAGUCCAAAAAUCUGCAGCAUUGGCAAUGAUACCGCCUUUUACACGGCGCCAUCUAGCCCUGCAGCUAAUUGUGGUAAUGAUCAUUUCUCGAGCUCAGGUUCUGAUGAUUUUGAGUUUGGAACUAGCCAGAGAUUUGAAAACUACAUUGAACUCGAAAUCGGGAAGGAUUUCGAGUGCUUUGUAGACGGUGUAUCACAGCAGCAAAGACUAUUCAAGGCGAAACGAGAGCGGGGAGGGUCACUUCCAACUAUAGCAUUUGCGGAUGAACUUUUCCAUAACGGUCUUGUCAUGCCUCUGAAGCCCCCGCCCGGGCGGUUUCAAUGGCUCGACGAUGAUGCUAGCUUCUGUCGAGGUUCCAUUCCUUCAUCGUCGCCAACAAGGUCCCCUCAUGCUUCGGUUUUUAAGGUUCCAUUUGUACAUAAGGCUGCAUGGAAUGAUGACUUUGAUCCCUUUAAAGCUGCAUUGGAUAAAGUUUCAGAGGAAAGCCGGCCGAGCAGAGGAAGGGAUGCUGUUGUAGGGAGUCAUCAUAGACGAGCGAGAUCUCAUUCGCCAUACCGGACCAACAAUUCCAUGGACAGUAAUCUUGAUGAGCAAAUAUUAGGACCAAAAUUCGGUCUUUUACCUGUAGAGCCGAAAGGUUCACCUUAUGCGAGAUUUGUCAUUGAUCAGAAGAGACGAGUUGAACAGAGCACGAAAAGUCGUCAUAAGAAGUUUCUUUUCGCGAAAAUGGUGCGGCCCUUCAAAACCGAUCAUCAUAAAGGGAAAAAUAACAGCAACAAGAUCUCUUCCAAGAUAGCAGAACAUGGUGAUCAAGGCUUAAGUACCAGUUUGGUUGUGGAAACCGGAGCAAGAAAGAUCAGAAACAUACUGCUGAAAUAUGCUUCAUUUGGUCGCAGUUCCACACACUGGAAGCCAAGUUUCAAGAGAUUCAGCUUCAAAAUUAAGGGAGCUGCAGAUAGUGAUCAGAGUGACAAAAAGAGAACUGAUCAUCAAGAGUCAAAGAUGGAAAUCAUUGAAUAUAAUCGCAGCAAGCCAUCAUUGGCACUUUGCUCCCAUGGAUUUGAAAUUGAAAAGGCCAUAAGAGAAGAGAUAUAG